AUGAUCAACCAGACCGCGAUCCCGAAGCAUUCCAUCACAUCCCGACUGUUUGAAAUUGCCCGUCCAAAAAGGCAGUCGCAUGUCCAGUACUAUGGAUAUGCGGUUUCUCAGGAAUGGCUGAUCUGGUUUUCGAAGAAGUUCAGACCGGAAGAUCGCAACGACAUGGGUGUCACGUCAAAACAAUACUUCGAAGGCCUUGCGAAGCUGGCGAACAUCGACGAUUUUAGUUGGAAACAUUGUUUCGAUCCAAACGGUGGCUCGGUCAACGAUGAAGAACCCAAGAACAUUCCGAUCGACACCGUCGAGGUGCUCUAUGUGUGCUCAGAUGAAGAAGGUUCUAUUCAGAAGUGUCCUGAUGAGGAAAAGCUCGAGGUCAUGACGGCGUUGCUUGGGCAUGGACCAAAGUGCGAAGAACUAGCGGUCGCCAGCGCUAGGCCAGAAGCCCGCGGGUUCAAAGUUCACUGA